GGCGUGCCCACGGCUCUAGGGUGUCGCCGCGGUGGCUCCCAUUCGAAGGCGACGGCGGUCGUCUGUAUUUCGGUCCUAAUCUCCUCUGCAAAAGCGAAUUUACGCCGAACAGACAGCGAUUUCAAACCCACUUUCAUGUUCGGUUUAUUACCCAUUCUUGUCGGUCGAGCUUCUGGCAGGGCCCUGGAAUGACGGGGUGUGUGGAGAAUUUGAAUUAGCUCGCCAUUAGUUUGAAGAAAGAGUGAGUCGGGGUAGAGGCAGAGAGGAGCCAUUUUGUCCCGACUGUGUGGGAGAAAAGAAAGAGUGGAAAAGAGGAAUCACACGGGAGGAAAUCCUAUUUUUGCUUUCUGUUCUCAUGCUGUAGCGGAGGAAAGAGUCGGGCUUGGGAAUUUGCACUUCUUGGACUCGUCAACGGGCACGUUAUUUGGGUGAUAUUUAGCCAACUAGCUUGCCAAGCUAAUCAACAGAUCCCAGAUUGUUAACUGUUAACUGUCAGGUGGACUGGAGCAAGUUGGUCGGCUUGGCCAAGGAGCUGACUUUAGACUUCACACAGACGUGCUAGCUUAUCGUUUUUUUUUUGUUACUGGGGUGAACGCGUACUGGUUUUUCAAUGGCGAAAAAGACGUACGACUUGCUCUUCAAGCUGCUUCUGAUCGGCGACUCGGGCGUGGGGAAGACCUGUGUGCUGUUCCGCUUCUCUGACGACGCCUUCAACACAACCUUCAUCUCUACCAUAGGAAUAGACUUCAAGAUCAAAACUGUUGAAUUACAAGGAAAGAAGAUCAAACUACAGAUCUGGGACACAGCGGGCCAGGAACGAUUCCACACCAUCACCACCUCCUACUACAGAGGAGCCAUGGGCAUCAUGCUGGUCUACGACAUCACCAACGCCAAGAGCUUUGAAAACAUCAGCAAAUGGCUGCGCAACAUCGACGAGAGAAAAAAGAUUGAAAUUCAGCUGAAGUCUGAGCUGAAGCUGAAAGUUGCCAGCGCGAGAAAACAUGCCAAUGAGGAUGUUGAGAGAAUGCUGCUAGGCAACAAGUGUGACAUGGAGGACAAGAGGGUUGUACCAAAAGCCCGGGGAGAGCAGAUCGCGAGGGAGCACGGCAUUAGGUUUUUUGAGACGAGUGCUAAGGCCAACAUCAACAUCGAGAAGGCUUUCCUCACGUUAGCAGAAGACAUCCUCAGAAAGACGCCCGUAAAAGAGCCAAACAGUGAAAACGUGGACAUCAGCAGCGGCGGGGGAGUCACAGGCUGGAAGAGCAAGUGCUGCAGCUGAACGUCUGCUCAGUCCGGCCCACACUAACGCACACAGUCACACAAAGACACACACCCUCUCUCUCUUUAACUGCUAACUCUAACUCUCGCCCUCUAACCUGUCUCAUGAGUUUUUCUUGAACACUGACACUUGUUAUCAGAAUAAACCGAAAAACCCCUCAUCGCCCCCCCCCCCCCACCACCAUAUUCCCCCACGCUGCAUUUGAUGAUCAUUUUUAUUUCUGAUAAAAAGAGAAAUCCAGUCACGUUUCUUGUCAUUUGUUUUAAAGAUUAAGAAAAAAAGAAGAAAAAAAAAACGUGUGAACGAUUCAUAUUUUUAAAUUUUACUUUGCCUGAGCUCACCUGGUUGGACAGCCUCACCUGCCCCUUAAACCCCACCCACCAGAGCACGCACCGCCAGUCAGAGGAGAUCCGAGAAAAUCCAACAAAAAAGACAAAUGUAGGAUUAACAUUUUGUACACUUAGUGAAGUUUCUGUUGUCUAACCGUAUUUGGUCAUUUCCUGUUUGUUACCAAGUGACAGAGGCGUGGCUAGCUCCUUUUGUAUGUGGGGGUUAUUUUGUCCUGUGCCUUAUAUGGAAGACAGGGGGCGGGGCUGUGUGGUGGGCGGAGACACAUCCACCCAAUGAAAUUACAGUUAAACAUUCAGUCGGUUCAGGCCGAGCUGAAUGGAAAGAGUUUGAAUUUCUUCUUCAGCCAAGAGAACGGCAUUAUUCAGUAUGUCCUGUUUAUCGAUGUUUUAAUUUGUUCUGUAUGGUUUAUUUUACUUUUUGAGUUUUUUCCCUUUUUUUGGGUUGAUUUUUUUUU